GACCAGAUGUAUUCUCCCUUCCUGUUACAAUACUCAUUUGGGUUGUUGUUAAACAUUACCGGUGCUUGGGAACUUUAAUUCUUUAGAUAAGUGGAUGUAGGUUAUGACUGUCCACUUUGCCGAGAAUAGCCACUUCUCUAAAGAGAGCGGGGAACUAAUAAUAAAGCUAUGUUAUGAAACAAAACAGUGAGAUGUCGAAGGUGAUCUCCUUUAAAAAAUGGCAGGUGCUGUGUUUGUUGGUGUCAAUAUUCAUUCUGAUAUACCUAGUGUCUUCCUUCCUGCGUCCCAAUCACAAAACUCUGUCCACCAUAACUGGACGUGGAACCCACCAGUACACAAAGUGGCCAGAACUAAGUUUGACCGCUGAUUCUGAGGCAUGGUUUAAGAAGUAUUGUUUGAAAUCUGAAGUACAUUUGUCACUGGAAAAGUACCCAGAAAUUCUGGAAACAUGGAGAAGAUCAACAGACGUGCCCUGCCAAGAUUUGUACAAGAGAUAUUCUUCUAUCUUCACAAUCACUGAACAUGCAGCCAAGGUAGUAAUCCCAGAAUCCUUUGCUGCAAAGGUCAAAGGUUGGCUUGGAGGAAAUGUGGAACUCUUUGACAAUGUGAAGGAUCAGAGAAUCCUUUUUAUCUACAAUGAAUACACAAGAGAACAAAAUGUGUACAAUCCACUGAGAGAAAAAAGACCCAUGUCUAAACCCCCAAGACCGGAGAGAGAGUACGUGGAGGAGAUAUCAGCAAAAACUGCCCAAACGUGCGAUUUCUGCAAAUACAAAACGAACACCGCAGAGGAUGUCUUUGGUCGAGUGGAGUCAGAUUUUUCCUUCACGGCAGCCAACACAUUCAAGCUGGACACCUGGCACACACUGUCCCUCUUCAAAAAGCACCACCCCCUGAACUGGACAUACACUCAGUUCAUGGACCUCAUGCAGACUUCACAGAAAUGGUUACAGAAAGCCCACUCACUAGACAAGAAUUAUAAAUACCCCAUGAUGAUCUGGGACAUGUUGCCCCACGGUGGGGCCAGUCAGAUACACCCACACAUACACAACUUCCUGGACAAAACCAGAUAUCAAGGUGCCGUGGAAAAUUGGAGAAUGGCAGCCAAUCUCUACACAGAGGAUUUCCCCAGGAAUAAUUACUUCACAGAUCUCAUCAUGGUCCACAUGUCCCUGGGACUGGGGGUGAAAUACGGCAGGGCUGUGGCAUUUGCUUCACUGUUACCCAAGAAGGACAAUGAAGUCAUCAUCAUCAGCGCAGAGGCUGACCAGGAUUUUUUUGAUCUCCUGUAUUUUACUUACAGAGCUUUCAUUGAUGAUAUGGAGAGGCUGUGCUACAGUUCAGGGAUUGGUCUUCCUAGUUUGGACAGGGAGGAUAAUUUGGGCAGGAUUCCUGCGUAUGCGCGUCUGAUAACGCGAGGUCCAGUGGAGGAUAUACGAUCAGACAUCAGCUCGUUAGAACUGUUUUCUGCUCAGAAUGCUAACACAGACCCAUACAAAGUAAUACAGUACAUCAGGAAAUCCAUAAAGAAACGUGACCGAAGAAGCAAGAGCUAACUAGGGUGCUUACUAGUACUUUAACCUAUUGGUAGGGGAGUAACUGAAAUGGACUUUAACCUAUUGGCAGGGGAGUAACUGAAAUGCACUUUUAUCUAUUGAUAGGGGAGUAUCUGAAAUGGAGUUUUAUCUAUUGAUAGGGGAGUAUCUGAAAUGGAGUUUUAUCUAUUGAUACGGGAGUAUCUGAAAUGGAGUUUUAUCUAUUGAUAGGGGAGUAACUGAAAUGGAGUUUUAUCUAUUGAUAGAGGAGUAUCUGAAAUGGACUUUUAUCUAUUGAUAGGGAGUAAUUUAAAUGGACUUUAACCUAUUGGUAGGGAGUAUCUGAAAUGGAAUUUAACCUAUUGAUAGGGGAGUAACUGAAAUGGAGUUUUAUCGAUUCAUAGGGGUGUAAUUGAAAUGCACAAAUAUGUUUUGAAAGUUACAUGUAUAAGGGGUGUAAACAAUUGGUAUAGUUGAUAGUUAGAGUUUAUAGAAAAUCUAUUAUGGCAUAAUUUAAGUAUUGGGCAUUUGAUGAUUGUAUUAUAUUGGUGUACAUGUAUGCAAUGCACAUGAAGAUUUUCUAAAUGAUUAUGUCCCUGUCCAAAAAGAUUUAUAUUGGUAGUGAAAUUCAUUUUUUGAAAACCAUAUAUUAACUGUUUAGAAAUUUUCUCUGGCAUACAUAAUGGAAUUCUUUUUUGUUUGGAAAUAAGCAUUAGAGUUGUUUUUGACUUGGAGUUAAUACUAAUAUUGGAAACAAAAAUGGUAGAAAUUCUAUCAAGAAUUGAUGAUGAAAUUUCUUGAAAAUGGAGGCACAUUGAUGAUAAUGUAUUCUGGUGAUCCCUAUUUUCUCUAUUGUGCAAUUUUAAUUAUGUCUUCCCUUCCCAGAAGGGGGACAUAUUGUUUUGGUGUGAAUUCUUCUUCCGUUUCUUCUUCUUCUUCAGCUUCUUCUUCCACUUCUCAUACAAAGUUUGUCUGGGACAUAAUUUUUUUGUCUUUUGACAUAGGCCUUUGAUAUUUGGUAUGUGGGUAAACCAUGAUAAGACAGUGUGUCAGUGCCAUUUUUGAUGAAUUUUGACCUUGACCUUUUAUGUAAAGGUCAAAUAAUAGAAUUUUUUGGUAAUUUUUUUGGUCUGAAUCAUACCUUUUUUGUCUUUUGACAUAGGCAUUUCAUAUUUGGUAUGUGGGUAAUACCAUGAUAAGACAGUGUGUCAGUGCCAUUUUUGAUGAACUUUGACCUUGAUCUUUUAGGUAAAGGUUAGAUAAUAGAAUUUUGGGGGCAUUUUUUUUUGGUACAAACCAUAACUUUUUAGUCGUUUAACAUAGGCCUUUGAUAUUUGGUACGUGGGGGUACUAUGAUAAGACAGUGUAUCGCGUGCCAUUUUUGAUGACCUUUGACCUUGACCUUUUCCACUUUAAAUGUUAAUAAACAUGGAAAAUGGAAGGGGAGACAUAAGUUUUUGUGUGCUAAAUUAAUUCUUCCUAGUUAUACAUGUACCUUUGUUUUGAGAGGAAUAUUUAAUAAAUGUUGGUGCAGUUUUAUGUUUAGGUAUGAUUGUUCAUAUUCCAAAGAAUUUUAUUCAAACAUUCCAAACAUACUGGCAACUUAAAGGUCUAUGAAAUCAUUUCACUUUGAAUGGAUGAUUGCCUGUUCUGCAUAAUUUAAUACUAUUUGUAGCAUGUGCAAUGAGAUUGGCAAGUAAAUGAAAUUCUUUCUUUUUGAAAAACAUGAUUUACAACAUACAUAACACCUCUCAUUUUUGUUAAAGUUCAUGUGAGAUGAACAUAGAGUAUUUAACAAAUGGUAAAUUAAAUUCUAAGGAAUGGAUUUAGUAGCAAAGUACAUUUAUGUUAUUGGGUUGUAACAAAUCUUGGGGCAGAUAGCCUUUUUAUAAACUGAAGUUGAUAAGUGUAAUAUGCACCAAAUUGCACGUAUAUCAUAAAUCAAUGUCUGCACUCACAGUUAGAUUCAUUGAUUGGGUAAUUACAAGCAUGUUUAUGAACAUUAUUUUUUGUAAAUGAGCUAACACGUGAACAUUCUCAGGCUUCCUUUAGCUGUCCUCUAGACCCUUCAUUAUAAGGUAAAUCUGCAGGUUUACCUGGGCCUCAUGUUCCAAUGAUAGAAAAUACACCCUAGAUAAAUAUUGUUAGUAGUGUGUGCAUAGGAAUAUAAUUAUCUAGAAACUGAUGUAACAUGAGUUUCAGACUGUUCUUCACAACUACUUAUUUUUGUAACAUCAUUACAUGCCUUUUGAACAUCUUCAGAAUAAUACUCUUUCACACUGAGAUUCUUGUGAUUUAAUCGUACGAACUUCCUGCUUCCUGUUUAUUUCCUGUUGUUGGGUACAGGUAGCAACAAUGAUUUGUAAUCAAAUGAUCAUGAUUUUUUUUAACAUUCACUAUGCACAAAUUGUACAUUUUAGUAUUUCAAAUAACCUCAUGUCGAUAGAUGUGUAAUUGUGACACUGUUUAAAUAUACUACAAACACAUGAAAUCCAGAAAACAGUGGAUACCACUGCCUUUACCAUGGGUUAAAGUUACAAAGGAAAAUUCACAUGUACAUUCUCGAUUCAUUUGUCCAUAUUCUAAUUUUGUUGUUCCAUUAGGAUUAAACUUCCUCAAAAUUUUAUUGAAAUUUUUUUUUCCAAGAAAGAAUUCUUGCAGACUUGUUUGGCAGGAGGCUCUACAAGACCGAAUGCAUUGCCUUUAUCAAACUUCAUAAGUGUGGAGUAAAUAAAUUUAUCCAACUUCAUAAGUAUAGGGUAUAUAAAUUUGCUCAAUCUCUGCAAUUUUUUUAUUAGUAUUUUUUAGUGUUUGUUUAGAUGAAAAAGAUACCUAUUAGAUAAUCAGUUGUGCUACUUUUAGUCUUCCCUUUUAUUACAAUGCAUAUUUCAGGAAGCUACAUGUCCACAUGUACAUGUAUAUUCAUCUUAGAAUAACUAAAUCAUCACCAGGCUUUCAAACGGUGAAACCUAUUUUUCAUUUCUGUGCUUUUUAUGUUAAAAAACGUCACAUUUAUUCAUUAAAAGUUUUCAAGUAGCUAUGAUUUUGCAUUUCUUGAGAGAAAAUCUGCACAUUAAACAGAACUUUAGUUAUCAAUAUGUUAGUAAUAUGUUUCAUACAUGUGCAAUGCCAUAGGCCUGAUUAUUUCACACAAACUGUAAAUUCUCACGAUGGGUGAAUUUUGGAAGGAUGUAUUAAGUUAUUUAUUUCAUACAUUUAUUUAUUAUAGUUAGUAAAGUUAGAAAUGUAUUCAUGACGGAAUGAAAUAAAAGGAUUUAAGAAAA